AAAGCACGUACUGUAGGAGACAUAUUAUUACAGAAUGCCUUCCCCUAAAGCCCGAAGCAACAGCUCGCGCAGCGGCAACGCUUCCGGCAUCGGUGGCGGCAGCGGCAGCGGUCGGUUUGAAUUCAUGUCUCUGAACCGAACACCUCCUCAUUCUCCUUCACCUUCUUCUCCUUCUCAUCUUGUACUGCAGAGACAGGGCUCAGAUCCAACCACAGCGCGCCUCCGUGCCUCCGAGAGCCCGAACCGACGACGCAGAGGCUCCGCAUCCUCCACCUCCUCAGUCGGCGGUCAGCAGUUACCGGAGGAGGACUGCAUGCGCCUGAACCCGUCCAUUAUCGGUGUAGCGCUCAGCUCCCUGCUGGCAGUGGAUCUGUGGCUGUCCAAACGGCUCGGGGUGUGUGCCUGUGAGGACUCCUCAUGGGGUAGUGCCAGGCCCCUUAUGAAGCUGGUGGAGAUUUCCGGACAUGGCAUUCCGUGGCUGGUCGGUGCCGCCUACUGUUUGUACAAAAGUGACAGCGCUGCAGGGCAGGAGGUCAUGCUGAACCUCCUCAUGGCUUUAGUGUUGGACCUGGUGCUAGUUGGCAUAGUGAAAGCAGUGGUUCGUCGCAGACGUCCUGCUCAUAACCGCAUGGACAUGUUCGUCACAUUCUCUGUGGACCGCUAUUCUUUCCCAUCGGGCCAUGCUACACGAGCUGCAAUGUGUGCCCGCUUCCUAAUGGCCCACCUGGUUUUGGCUGCCCCGCUGCGUGUUCUUGUCAUGCUCUGGGCUAUAAUUGUGGGUCUCUCCAGGGUCCUCCUUGGACGCCACAAUGUCACGGAUGUGAUGUUCGGCUUUUUCAUGGGCUACUGCCAGUACAACCUGGUGGAGGUGCUUUGGUUGUCACCAGUUAUGCUGCAAAGCAUGAUGGGUCAGCUGGAAGGACAGUAGAAGGACAAAGGUGCAAAACUGUAGGAAAUGGGAAGGCCAUAAAUGUACACACACGUUUCCAGUAAAAAUUGGAAACAAGCAUGCAGGCACUGUGAUAGUAAUUAUUCCAUAUCUGCACUAAAGGUUUUGUGAAUCUGACAAUGUUUAAGUGUGUCCAGUUAAUAUUAAAUUAAUAUUUAGUAUACAUUAUAUGUGCCAUCAUUUAUCUGCAAAGGUUGGUUGAAGGAAAUUGUUUUAGAAAACUGAAUAAUCGACCAAAAACUUGGUUUAGUAAGUCAAAAAGAGAUCCAAAAGAAAAUUCUAACCUAUUGACCAAUGCUGCUGUGUAACUGUGUAAUCACUGUGUAUUUACAAUUAUGUGCAAAAAAGGACCAAGUAAUCAAACAAUAGCAAAGUGACAAAAACAUGAAUAACUUUACAAACACUGCAAUGCUGACCAUAAAAACUAAUUGCCUGGUAAAAUUCUUCCAGAUUCUUUGCUGUAUUUUUAGUUGGGUGUGGUAGUGGUGGAUCGAGUGGGGGAGGGUUGUAGGGUAUCUAAUGUUUCUUUGUUAAAAUUGAAGCCAUUAGGCUAUGCUUGUUAAUUACAUUGGUAUUAUCUAUGUUGCAUUUGUGAAAUAGAACUACAGCAAAGUUUAAUACAUUUAAUUAUGAACACUCACUGUCUUAAUCGCUUAUCCAAUUAGGGUCGCGGGGGGAAGCUGGAGCCUGGACCCAGUCCAUCGCAGGGCAGACACACAUACACACACCCAUUCACCUAUAGGGCAAUUCACUGACUCCAGUUAACUUGACUGCAUGUUUUUGGACUGUGGAAGGAAACCGGAGCUCCUGGAGGAAACCCACGCAGACACGGGGAGAACAUGCAAACCGUGCCGCCCUAAUUAUGAACACUAUUGGAAAAUAUAAAUAAUCGACCUUUGUUUUGUAUCAAAUCUCUGUUGACCUUAUAUGUUAACACCUCAUUGC